AUGGCCGGAGGUCGUUCAGCAAAACGGAAAGGAAGGAGUACCGUCCGGGGUCGAGCAAAGGCCGGAAAGGGAACGGCUCCCGUCCGGAGUGUGAAGUUCCAUGAUGCUCGACUAGAUGAUGAUAAUUCUGAGAGUGAGGCCAGCGCCUCUGAGCCUGAGGCUGAAGUUAUGGAUGUGGACUCGGAUGAGGGAGAGGAGGAAGAGGCCAAGCAGCCUGUUCAGCCGUACAUGGCAUUGUUGCGCAGACUAACUGAAAGCAACCCGCAUAAGGCAAAACGGAGAAAACUGGAUCAUCCGUCAGGCGAGAAUCAAGAGCGCCCGCAGGAGGUCAAGGAGGAGUCGGCACCCCAACGCCAGAAUGGGGAAGACGAAGAGGAUCGGGAUGUUGACCUGGUCGAAGAGCCGGAGGAGGACCCCAGCAAUGCACCCCCCGAGGAUCUGUUUGAUGAUGACGACGAUCUCGAUGACACCGACCCAUUCGAGGUGCAUUUCUCCAACCCUAAGGAAGACAUGGUGCAGCCUAGGAUCAAAGCCAUCCAGGAAGGGAAGUGGCGCUUGGAGAGGAUAUCGUCAUCACAGACGAGAAUUUUCCUUAACAUGCCUGCUGUGGACGGUCUUGAGGGGAAGGCUCUGAUCCCCCCUCCUGUGUCAGGAAUUAAGGAUCUCAAGCUUAAGAAGAAGCUACGAGAGUCUAUGGAAGCCAAGCACCCUGAGUUUGAUCAGGUUGAACAGACUAUUGCCCCCGCGCUUUUCAACUACCAGGAUCUGCUAUUCUGCAACCGGACGGUCGCAAACUCUCAAAGUCUGAGGAGGAUGGCAUGUCUUCAUGCCCUCAACCACGUCUUCAAGACCCGCGACCGCGUCAUCAAGAAUAACAGCAAGCUUGCCAAAGCCGGAGAGAACGAGGAUUUGGAAUUCCGCGACCAAGGCUUCACCCGCCCCAAGGUUCUCUGGAUCAUGCCUACCCGUGCGCAAUGUGUCAAGAUGCUCGACAUGAUUGUUUCAAUCGUCCAGCCCGACCAGCAAGAGAACCGCAAGCGCUUCGAGGAUGGUUACGUAGACAAACUAAGCAAAUUUUCGGACGACAAGCCGGAAGACUUCCGUGACCUCUUCUCCGGCAACGAUGACGACCUGUUCCGACUGGGUGUCAAGUUCACACGCAAGACGAUUAAGUACUUUGCGCAAUUCUAUAACUCGGACAUGAUCUUCGCCAGCCCACUAGGCCUUCGCAUGGCCAUCGGGUCUGAAGAAGAGAAGAAGCUCGACUUUGACUUCCUCAGCUCCGUCGAGCUGGUGAUUGUCGACAUGGCUGAGGCGCUGUUAAUGCAGAACUGGGAACACAUGGAAUUUGUCUUCGAGCACCUCAACAUCCAGCCGCGCGACGCCCACGGUUGCGACUUCAGCCGCGUCCGCAGCUGGUACUUGGAUGAUCAAGCUAAGUACUUCCGGCAAACCGUCAUCUUCAGCGCCUUCAAUACCCCCGAGCUAGCGGAGCUUGUGCGUGCGUACUGCCACAACUGGGCGGGCAAGGCGCGUCUACAGCAGGAAUGCCCGGGCAUGAUACAGAACCUGCCUGUGAAGGCCCGCCAGACGUUCAGCCGGUUCGAUUCAUCAUCGAUCGCGGCAGAUCCGGAUGCUCGGUUCGCCUACUUCACCAAGGCCAUCGUGCCGGCACUCACACGACACAAGGCGCGUGAUGCUGCUGGUACGCUCAUCUUCAUACCCUCGUAUCUCGACUUCGUGCGCGUGCGCAAUUACUUUGCGAACAACCCGGCGGUCGAGAACGUUUCCUUCGGUACCAUCUCCGAGUAUACCGACGUACCGGAUGCGUCCCGGGCGCGGUCGCAUUUCCUGAACGGCAAGCAGAAGGUGCUUCUGUACACGGAGCGCGCGCACCACUUCCGCAGGUACAAGAUCAAGGGCGUCAAGAGGGUAAUUUUCUACAGCCUGCCCGACAACCCCGUCUUCUAUCGCGAGAUCGCGGGCGACUAUCUGCAGAAGAGCGAGCAAUCGCUACUGCUAGAGCCCGGGCAGGGUGUGAUUAGGGUGAUGUUUUCCAAGUAUGAUGUGAUGAAGUUGGAAAGGAUCGUCGGGACGUCGAGGGUAGGCCGGAUGCUUCACGAGCAGGGUGACACAUUCGAUUUUGUGUAG